AUGUCGGCAGAGAGCAUCAUAGAUGUUCAUAGAACCCCCAAUUGGGUUGUAUUCAUUUCCAAGUAUAAUUGGCUUGUCAUAUCCGCUUUGGCUCUGGGAGCAGCUACAGACAUUUUAAUCGCAGCUUCCAUGCUGUUUUAUUUAAGAAAAUUGGCGUCAUCAGGGAACUUUCGCAGGCUUGUACGGUAUUCGCUACAAACCGGGCUAAUAACUAGUCUUACUUCAGUGACGGUGAUAAUCUGUUUUAAGGCGCUGAGAAAUCUUGUAUGGUUUGGCCUGUACAUUGUUCUAGCCAAAAUUUACUCCAACUCUCUUCUGGCCUCUCUCAAUGCGCGGCCCCGUUCAGAGAGACAACCAAAUCGCCAGCGUGGAGUAAGCACAGGCAUCGACUUUGAAACUGUUCCACGCGCCAUUUCAGUGCCAUUCCAUAUCACAAAUCCGACCAACACUUCGGGCUCGGACUCUGAUUGGCCUUCAUCAUCUAAUCAAUCUGAAAAUAGGAGAGCAUUCAAAAGCAUGAGUAUAGCAGAGGAACCAAAAAAUGGUAUUGAAGGGACCGCCCAGGAUGUGUAG